CGGCGAUGGCCAGCCAUGUAAAUUCUGUUAGCUAAUAUUCCCGAUACUCCGAGAGGAACAGUCUGUUCGAUGUGCAUUCCAUUGAUCUCAACCACUUCCCGUUCUGUCUUCCCUCUGGGGUUAACUUUAUUUCAACUCCUUUUCCACCAAUCGCCCGGCCCGGUUCCUACUUCCGAGCUUUCGCGGAGCUCCGGGCCGAGUAUAUGCACCGGGCCGGUGAACUGUCUCCACUUACGACUGCAAUUCAGUCUGAGUCGACCCGGAAGACGGCUCCGAUCGCUACCGUCCGCCAGCAUUCGGACUACCAGAAAUUAAGGUAAAAGUCUUCUUCUCUUGAGUCGGACUCACCCUUUCC